CGGUCACUUACAAAAUCGACGUUGUAAAACGCUUUCAUCUGCUCCAGUUACCGCGCGGUUAAAAUGACAGUACAACAAUCCCCCGGGCGCCAUCAUGCUACUUGCUCAUUCUUUGAUAAGAAUGCUUGCCUAUGGUAUUGCGGGAGGAUCAGAUCCCCUGACCGAAACUUUGCAAAUGCUCUCGGGACAUGUUCCCGUGCUCUCUUUAAUCACGGUAACCACUAGAUGAUGGAACCCAUUGGAGGAGCAGCUUCGAUCGUUACGCUGAUUGACGUAGUAAAGGGGGCAAUUAAGUUCCUGCAACGCUUUCGGGAGGCACCGUUGAAAAUCGAGAAGUCCGCCCACCAAGUCCAGCAGCUUGUAAUCCUUCUGGAGACGCUGCCUGAGGUACAAGGGAGCAUCAAUGAUGGAGGCAGCAUUGCGAAGUCUUGUGCGACGAUGUUGGAGGCAUGCCGUCACGAUAUCGCCUCUCUCAAGGAUACUUUGGCCUCGAUUACAAAGGGCAGACAUCAUGGCCGAAUACACUGGGCGCUCGUGGGCCAGGCAAAAGCGAAGGAGUUAACGACUGAAUUGGCACAUGUCGAAAGCUCCCUCACUUUGGUGCUGGGCAUACUACAGUGCCAACGUUUGCAGCUGAUUUCCGAAGUGACGACAAAUCUGUCCCACGACAUGGCGACUGCCAAAAUGGUUGCACAGCGGCCUAAACUAUGUUCAAAUUGUCAAAACGAAUAUACCACUGUGGGAGCCAGAUGCAGAAAAUCCGCUGUCAACCGGAAAGGUACAUGUGUCAGUCAAUGGAGAGUCUGUUGCGCCAGUUUAGCAACCUUGACUGCGUCCGCCAUAUCUCUUGACCGCGACAGAGACUAUACAUCAAUCUGGUCUCUCAAACUGGAUCUUAUUUCAAAGUGGGGGCUCCAACUAGAGUUUUCUGGCUGGUUACCCGGGCUUCGAGUGGACAGAAUCAUGGUCAGCACACGUCUAUCCGUUCCAAACGAUGAUCCAUUCUUGGCAGCAUGUUAUAACGGUGAUGCACUGCGCGUCAGAGAACUUCUGUCGAGAUGUCCCGCCAGCGUGACCUUCUCAGACGAGUGGGAACGCACGCCUCUCUGUCACGCCAUUGAAGGUGGGCACGUCGAUAUAUGCGAAGAGCUGCUUGAUCAUGGAGCCCGGAUUGAUUCCACUUUCGGCGAGUACCAAACGUCGGCACUGUCGUGGGCGCUGAAGCUCAGGGACCUGGACAUUGCCAGGCUUUUGCUCUCCAAGGGCGCAACGCUCGAGCACGUAAGUGCUUUUGGGUGGUCACCCACCUUUUACUUAUGGUCAGAGACAAGCCGCCAAGUAGAGUCGUCCUUGUUUCUCGACCUCUUGCGAAGCCAAGGCGACUUCGACUGGUCGCAUUGUGGAGUUGUCGACGUGGGAGGAUGGAGCUUACUGGCUCGGUGCGCCGUCUACGGCAAUCCGAAGGACACAUUGACCCUCAUCAAAUACGGCGUCGAUCCGUUCGAGAGAUCUCCUGGGUCUGGGUGGACGGCACUUCACUAUGUUGUCUAUCAUGGCGUCGAGGACGCCUUUUUUGCCCUUUUCCCGUCCUUCCAGAACGAAUUGGGAAUCGAGCUCCCCGACUCGAUGGGAUGGACGUUGCUCCAUCUGGCACUUGGGAAUGGCAACAUUGCAAUCAUCCGCCAUCUCCUUGCGAACGGCGCGGACGCGAAAGCCGAGACGUGGCCGUCCUAUCAAGAGGACAUACCUGCUUCUAUACAAGGAAUUCCAGCAUCUGCGGUGAAAAUUGCGCGCGCCUACGGCGAACAAAGAUUCCUCGAUUUCUUCGACAUACUGGACGAUCUCGGUCUCCUCGAUGGCGAGGGCAAAGUUGAUGAAGUCUGGUCGGAUGCUGUUGCAAUCCAAACUUGAACGGCAACAGAAAUAUCCAAUAAUCUCGCGCACAACGAGCUAUACUCUUACUUCUUGCACUCGACGACAUCUACGGCGAAAUCAGAUAUGAGGAACUUCAAAUUACCACAAACGCCUAGGUUAUUUUCCAGUACAAACUCAGAUCGUUCACAAUUUGCUCUCCCCUCCGCCACCACCAUGCUUCUCUUUGGUCUCCAUCCACCCAAAGCUCGCCGCGCUAUUCAGCCCGGGAUCGAUGAUGACGUUCAACACACAGACCUUCUCCGUCUCCAGGAACGCCUGCCUCGUCGCCUCGGCCAACUCGUCUUCGGUGCGCACAAGCCAGCCUCGUCCACCGACCAUGUCGGCGAGACACUCAUACCGCGUCUCGUAGAGGAGGGAGGUACUUCGGAGUCCCCUCCUGCGAGCAUCUUUCUUACCUUCAAUCUCUUUUCCUUCGGCGGCGGUGGCAAUCUUUGUCUCAUCCCUGGCAGUCUGGCCCUGCUUCUCUCUCCAGCCGGUCUCGUCCGAAGCGUCGCCCUUGUAGAUGCCGCUGUUGUUCAUCACGAUGAUCAAGACGUCCAUCUUGUGUCUGGCCAUGGUCUCGAUCUCCAUGCCCGAAAACCCGAACGCCGAGUCCCCUUCGAGCGCGACAAUCUUCUUCGCCGCCCGGCGCGGGAUGUUGUACGCGGCCCACGCGGCGAUCGCGUACCCCAUCCCGACGCCCAUGGUCGCGUAUGUGCCGGCGUCGAGGCGCUGGCGCGGAUGCUCGAGGGGAAACACACUGCGUGAGAUGUCCAUCGUGUUCGCCCCCUCGGAGACAUACACGACCCCGCCGUCCUGAGGGGGUGAGAGCGCGUGCAGCUCAGACUUUAUGAUGUGGUAGGCGCGCUCGUACGUCAGUAGAGCAUUGGGCUGUGUGGGCGUGGUCGCUAGACGGACAGACUUCUGUUCGUUCUUAGCGGCGCUUGCCGAGAGGAGGGAGAAGUACGAUGGCUGUGAUGAGGACGGCGACGAGGAGGCGCGGAAGGUAUUGCUCGGAAACGCCUUCCACCCAGGACCGAGUUGCUGGCGGAGCUGAUCCACGACGAAGCCAAUGUCUCCGAAGAUGCUGAGCGACGGCUGCCCGAGACUGUUCGCCCGGCCGAGCUCCUCGGGCGAGAUGUCGACCUGGAUGAUCUUGACGUCCCGGCGGUAUUUGGGCGCCUCGCCGAAGUGGAGGAUCCAGUUCAGUCGCGCCCCCAGGAGGAGGACCACGUCGGCGUGCUUGAGCGCCGCCGAGCGAGCGGACGACGUGUUCAAGGGAUGCGAGUCCGGGACGAUGCCUUUGCCCAUGGGCGUCGGGAGGAAAGGCAGGUGGUGGGCCGAGACGAGGCUGCGGAUGGAGCUCUCAGCCCGCGCGUACGCUGCGCCCUUGCCAACGAUCACGAGCGGAGCGGAAGCCGACUUGAGCAGGUUCGCUGCCGCGACGACGAGGGCUGGAUCUGCAGCCGGGUGAGGUGGUGGCAGGACAGAGAUUGGCGGGUGGGACGUCGACCUCCCCGCCGGGACGGGCUCCAUGAUCAGUUCGGUGGGCAGGUCGACAAACGUCGGGCCCGGCCGACCGUACCAGGCGAUGCGGUAGGCGUUGCGGAUCGCGGCGACGAUGGUGGCCGGGUCUCGCGACGUCGGGCGGAUGGCUCGCUUGGUGUGCGGCGUCAAGAGGGCGAUGGCGUCCAACUCCUGGAAGCCGCCCUUGGUAGCGAGGCUGGACUCGGACGAGCCGCC